AGCCAUUGCUGCCGUCUCUCUCUCUCUCCUCCCCCCACCCCCACCCUCUCUCUCUCCCAAAUCCUCUCGCCGCCAGGUUUUCCAUUCCCUCCUCCCAAGACUCUCUCCGCAAGUCCUUCCACAUACUCCCCAAAUCAAUCCAAUCAAGAGCUUCAAAAGAGAAAAAACAACAACACAGCCGUCUCUCUCUCCAUACAAUUCUCCGUUUCAGGCUUCGCUGGUCGCCAACGAUGAAUCCUCUCAAGCGGUCAAAGAUCACAAACACCUUCGCAAAACGAACUCGAGACAAACCUUCGCAUCUCCUCCUCUUUCUCUAGAAGAGUAUUUUGAUCUUUGUUUCAGCGACGUCGGGAAACAUCUGUUCGGUCGGUUACAGAAUAUAAGGAUUUUUGUUGAUUGAUUCAUAGAAAAGAUGUCAUCACCUGUUCCAGCGAAGUCCCAACCACUCCACAACUUCUCCUUACCUCUAUUGAAAUGGUCCAAGACCCACACCAACAACCAGCACCACCACCGCACCGGCCGCCGCCUCGCCGGCUCCUCCCCCCCGCCCGACUCCUCCUCCGCGCGGCGCCACUCCCCGGCGCGGCGCCAGUCGCCGAUACUCGACUCGGGGUCGUGGUGGCAGUCUCCCCUGCGCGGCGACUCCGCUUCCGAGUCGGAAUCCGGUCACGCCUCGGAGCAUCAUCGGAGAACACCUGCGGCCGAUAUGGAUCACGUGACCGGUCAAUCGGAGAAAAAAACGGCCCCCGCCGAUCACGUGAUCGAUAAGUCAAAAGUAACGGCGGUGGAGGAGGACGUUGACGGCGCUGGAGUUAAGGAAGGGAAAUCGAAGAUCUACAUACGGCUGCGUGGGAAAAACAAGUGUGAUGAGGUUGUUCAAAACGAUGUCGUCAAUAAAACAGAAGGAGGAGGAGGAGGAGGAGGAGGAGAGGUAGAUGAUUUGGUGGGAAAGUCGUGGAAUUUGAGGCCAAGAAAGCCUAUGCGAAAGCUGUUAUCGAAUGGGAAUGGAGGGGGAACGUUUGCGGCGGAGAAUAACAGAGGUUUUUCGCAGCAGCAAACGACGCCGAAUCGGCAGGAAGUUGUUCAAUCAGAAGAGAAGAAGGAGACGAAGCAGAAGUUCUCGAUUUUGCUCACUCGGCAAGAGAUCGAGGAGGAUAUUUUCGUGAUGACCGGGUCGAAGCCGGCGAGGAGGCCGAGGAAGAGAGCGAAAGUUGUUCAGAAGCAAAUCGACAAUGUGUUUCCAGGUCUGUGGUUGGCUGCAAUAACCCCGGAUUCAUACAAAGUAUCCGAAGCUCCAGCAAAGGUUUAGUUAAACAUACAUGUGGGUUGUGUGAUCCUUCGAACGUUUUCUGGAAGCUUGAAGGCUUUUGACUUCCAAAUUUUGCGAACUCAUUCGAAGGUACAGGCAACCAAAAUCAAUAAAGAUGGAAGGAGAUACAAGUUAAACUUGUUUAUGUUUAUUUGUCUAUUUUGCGACGAGCCUCUACAAAUUGACGGAGAAGCUUAUCGUUUUAGUUUCCAUAAGCAGCUGCAGAUGUACAUAUGAAUUAUCGGAUGACUUCAUAGACCUCAGUUUUAAAACCUUUUUAUCUUGUUACUUUGAGAUGAUUCUCUUCUUGGUUGCCUAACAUGCUUUGAAGGCAGUUUCAAGGGUUAUGGUGUUGGAAUGGAAAUUGUUGGUUGCACAUUGAGGAUGCUCCUCUUAAUUAGGUAUACUUUUCAAAAAGAGCCAUUUAUGUG